AUGAUGUUUCAGAAAUACUUGGUGCUUGCGCUUUGCACCUAUCUCUGUUCAGGAUCUGGAGCAGACGAGAAUGAGAACAUACUCGGUCGCUUACCUCUUACAGCUGCCCAAGGAGUUCCUUUAGAAGCGCGAACCUUGACUGGUGAGCCGCUUGUGGCUUACCUCAGGAGGAGUCAGGACCUCUUCGAGGUCAAUUCAAAUCCGACUCCUGAUUUCGAGCAAAAAAUAAUGGGCAUAAAGUACAAACAUAAGACGCCAAAUCUUAUUGUCAAAGAAGAUCCCGAACCUGAAGUAGAUAUCCCACCCAGGUGA